GUGGCCUGCCUGCUGCCCGUCCUCCAGGGCUCCGAAGCACUGGGACAAGGGCUCCACAGCAGAGACCCUCCUGCAGCUGGUUCCAUCUGGGCCCUGCCCCUCCGUGCGCUCAUGGACCUGCGGCAUGUUCCCGCCAGCCGAGAGACGGGAUGGUACUUAGCGCUCAUGGCUCCGAAUGUCAAGGGCCCCAGUUACGCUUGGCUUGACCCCUCCAGGCUGUACUGUCACCGGCAGGGCCUGCAGGACUGCAUUGCGGACCUGCUCCAGCCCUUCUGCGAAGACCCCAUCGACCUGGUCGCUGGAAUCGACGCCAUGGGCUUCAUCCUAGGCGCUGCCAUAGCCAGCACCCUGCAGAAAGGCUUCCUGGCCAUCCGCAAAGCCGGACACCUCUGUGUGGAGACCUGCACGCAGCCCUACACCGACUACUCGGCCCGCCAGAAGCUGCUGGAGAUGAGGACGGAUGCCAUCCAGCCAGGUCUGCGUGUCUUACUGGUGGACCAGUGGAUUGAAACGGGGGGAACCAUGCGCGCUGCCAUCCAGCUGGUGGAGCAGCAAGGGGGAGUGAUUGCAGGCAUCGCUGCCAUCUGCAUCGAGGACAGUGAGGGUGGCAAGUGGAUCCAGGAGCAUUACAAGUGUUCACAGUGUGUCCCCCAGCACCUGAUGCCCCAAUUCAACAGGCACCAGCUGGAGUCCUUCCAGGCCUUUGGGACCACGCCUGGCCAGGCAUAAUUAACGGGAUCUCCUGCCCUGCAGCUGAGCCUUGCACCAAGGUGCCCAGGACCACCUGCUCCAUGGCCCGUAGGUUGUCCCUGCUCCCAGAGGCCGGAAGGGAGGGGUCACAGCUUCCAGAAGAGCUGCUUCCCCUCCCCCACCCCAGUCUAAUCCAAUUAAGCCAUGUAACCCUUACUAAUCACAGAUGCCCUCCAGAAUGGCUGCAUCACGUGGGCAGAGACAGUGCUCAGACACCAGCUGCGCCCCUGCGUCUGGGGAGCAAUCUCACCACUUGCUGCUGCGUAUCAAACCUGCCCCACGCCGGCCCCCACCUCUGCCAACACCCCCACCCAGCUGCUGCCCUGGGGAGCCCUAGGUCGCCUCCCUGAAGUCUGUUACUCCCUGAGAGCAGAAGGAAAUCUUGGUCUGGGCAUGGCCCAGCUCCCUGCUGGCAGCGCCCCCAGCGUCUGUCUGAAAUCAGGCACGCUGCUCCUUCUUCCUCUGGCUGGCUGGGCGCUCAGCUGCUGGGCGGUCAGUGUGCCGGGGGGAUGGGGCUGCAGCCCCAAGCUGCUUCCUCCUUGUUCUGAUGCCCCUCACACCGCCCCCCCGCCCCCAGCAGCUCCCACCCUGCCGAGGCGUCACAGAAUGCUUCGCACCCUCGCUCCCAGGGGAAAUCCGGCCAGCACUGCUCCCCACACCCCCAAUCACUGGGUAUUUUCUUUUUUUUUAAAAAGCGUAGAAAUUCGGCUUUAUUCCAUAGCGUCUGCGCCAGGAGACCUCUCCCCUUUGUUGAUUACACACUGAUUUGCAUAGUUAA